AUGACCCGCCCUGUCCGCAACAACGCUAACAGAAACCCUGCUCAGAUUCUGAAGGACGCCGCCCCACCGCGACGCACAUCGGCUCAAAAGCAGGCAGAUGACGCAAAAGCUGCAGCGAAAAAAGCUGAAAUUGAAGAGAAAGCAUCAGAGAUUCGUCAAGAAGGUGUACGAAAAAUCGCCGCCAUGGAAGGCUUACUCAGGAGACAGGAUCAUGCUUAUGGCACGAAUGUACCAAGAGGAUUGCCUGAGAAAAAACAGAUCCUGGCAUCAGAGAAACAUGACGAAGACGAAGACACUGACGGCGAGUAUGAAUUAUCCAGCGCGCACUCUGAAAGUGUUAGUUCUGAGUUGCCCAGUGAUGAUCAAAGUGCCGGUUCAGAGUCAGAAGCUCGCAGGAAGUCUCAUAAAGCAAAAUCACACAAGACAAAGGGGAAUAAGAGAAAAGAGAGGCUGUUAAGGCAGGAAGUGGCGGCUAAUAGAAAGACUGUUGCAAGUGCUGGAAGUUUGGCGAGAAAGUGUAAGAAUGAGAACGUUAAUGGUGAAAUAGAUGUCAAUGCCAGUGAACGGGUACCACAACAUAAGCGUGCGAAGGCCACUCAGUUGGCCAGUAAUUUAAAUCCAGACUGGCAGAAAACAGUUGGACUAUUAGUGAAGGGAUCAGCGAGCAGGAACUUGAAAUCACUUGACACAGACGAAGUUGACACGAGCCUUAUUCCACAGGUGGAGCGAUCUCAGCCAUCUUCGCGAGCAUCAAGCCGUGCUGGCAGCCGUUCGACCCCAGACACUAGCAGUGACCUGGUAGUUGGAGAGUUUGAUUUGGACGAGCCCGAGGAGACGAUUGCCGCUGCACGAGAGCACAAGAGCACUAAGGUCAAAGAUGUGAAGACCUCAGCUAGAUAUCGCACAACUGCAGGAAUGGGCCUCAAGAUCAAUAAAAAGGGUGCCGACGACGCUGUGACGGAAGAAGUGAAAGCGGUGAAAAUGUUAAAGCCGCAAAAGCCGCUCCGGAAACUCAGGCUCGAAGACCUUCCUUUGCAGGACAAAAGUGAUCGUGAUGUUUGGAACCGCUUGGUUUGUGCGGUGAUAGACUGGGCUGGUACCACUACUGACCCAUUUGGCACCAACGAGCAUCCUGAGUUGUCACCAAAAUUGCAAGAACUCUGGAAUGUUUUUUUUGAACAUAACACUGUGGACAUCAAUGAACACCCAGCUAUCAAAAAAAUAGCUACCGACCGCUUGAAUGAAUGGCGCAGCAUGUUCGGCAAGGAUGCUCUCAAAAUUCUCAAACGUCACUUCAAACAUCCCGAGUUUCGACAUGACCUUGAGGCCCGCGUCAAAUUCGUUCGCGACCACUUGCCACGCAAAGUCAAUAAUCAAAAACGUGUUCCGUUUAUUUAUGCGGACAUUGAGGCCUUUAAAGGUGCUUGGUUGUCACCCGAACUGCUGGAACUUGUCGCUGGUCACAUCAAACGCUGUGGGAAGGCGUUUGGUGUAUUCGGAAAGCCGAUUGGUGCUCUAGGGCUGGCUGCUGCUGCUUAUCAUCGUGCGCUGUCCCUAUACACCGAUGGCAAGUCUGCCAAGGAGGCAGCGAAGGAAGCGAAACGCCACGGCAACAGCGACAAUGCGGGUGGGAAAAACUCGAAAAAUAUUGACUUUGACACAGCGUGGGGGUCUGUGACUAUGCGCUACGCAGAACAAGCCAGCGGUUUGCCUGCGAGCAAGUGGGAUUCCAUCGAGGAGGCAUUGUCGGAGUUGAUUGGGACAGAUACAAGGUCUGACGAUGGAGACUACUACUCUGAUGAUGACAUUAUGGAUAUCCGCGGUGUGGUCCUCCUCUCUGACGGCGAGGAUGAUGGUCCUCAACCCAUAGAAGACUUAGAUGGUUGUUAA